AUGAGCAAAGACGCUGUUUCGGUGGUUUUGGUCGAACCGAUCAAUGAUCAUGAACUUUCCGAAUCUUUGUCACUCAACGACAAGAAAAUUUUCGGGGCUGUCGAGGAGAGAGCUAUAGCUUCAGUUCCAGAAGAACUUCUGGAGAAUGAAUCCAAGACCGAUCCAAAAGAUCUCGCCAAGGUGGACGAGGGCACUACUCAAGCAAGCGAAUUGAAGCGGCCUGAGGGCAUGGGACUGUUUCUUCUGACAACCGGAAUGAUGAUUUCUAUGUUCAUAAUGUCUCUCGAUAAAGCAAUCAUUGGUAGGUUCAAGUUUUGGUUGCCAUGACAUCUUUUAGAAAUAAAACACUUGCUCACAAUUUCCCUAGCAACUGCAAUUCCAAAGAUAAGUACUGAAUUCCACAGUAUCGACCAGAUAGGAUGGUACACCAGCGCAUAUUUACUCCCUGCCAUGGCUCUUCAGCCGACUUUUGGUAAAAUAUAUAAAUAUUUUGAUGUCAAAACCUUCUUCCUCGCCUCUUUAUUGUGCUUCGAGGUUGGUUCAAUUAUAUGUGCUGUCGCUCACUCAUCGCCGGUUUUCAUCUUCGGUAGAGCAAUUUCUGGUGCUGCCACUGGGGCUAUUCAAUCUGGUGGCAUGGUCAUUAUCAGUCUGGCGAUACCUUUGCCCAAGAUAUCGCUAUUUCUAGGAACUUUGACUAGCAUGACUGCAGUGGCGGGGUUAGCAGGACCACCAAUUGGGGGCGUCUUCACCGAUAGUGCACGUCUAACAUGGAGAUUUUGCUUCUGGAUCAACUUGCGUGAGUCAAAAAUUCCAAAUCACAAUGUAUGUAUAACCGUCUGUUCUAACAGAAUCUGCAGCAUUCGGUGCGAUUGCAGCAAUCAUUUUCUUCUUGGGCUUCAAGUCCCCAGUAAUGAAACCAUCGACACUUACCUUUAAAGAAAAGCUCAUGGAGAUGGAUGUCCCAGGGACUGUUCUAUUUGUGACAAGCAUGACGACUCUGUUUUUGGCCCUUCAAUGGGGAGGCUCUGAUUAUCCAUGGUCAAACUCCAAGGUUUGGGGUUUGCUUCUAGGUUCUGGGUUACUAUUCUCAGCAUUCCUUGCUCUUCAAACUUACCUCGGGGAGAAGUAAAUAUUUUCUUGUGACCAUUUGACUUGAGCCUGGCUAAUUUCUCUUCAGGGCCACCAUACCUCUUCGGAUAUUCGACAAUCGCAGCCUCUCGCUUAGUCUUUGCACCUCAGCUCUCCUAUACUUGGCAACUACCGUUCACACUUUCUAUCUCCCUUUCUACUUUCAAUCCGCAAAAGGCACAUCGGCUACCUCUUCAGGCCUUCGAAUGCUGCCAUACAUAGUAUCGCUCUCGGUGACUCAGCUGACAGUAGGAGCUGCUGUUACUGCAAUUGGCAUCUAUUUGCCAUUUAUGUGGGCUGGCUCAGCCGUGUUUACAAUUGCAUCCGGUCUGCUCACCACCCUCAAUUCCACUACAGGAAUCGCCCCACCCAUUGGCUACCAGAUCUUGGCAGGCUGUGGUUUCGGUUCUAGCAUGCAACUUUGUGCGACCGCCGUUCGAGUAUCUAUUCACGAUAAGAAGGACGUGCCGGUUUCCAGUGCCUUGACAAUUUUUGCCCCCUUUUUCGGUGGAUCUUUAGCUGCAGCGAUUGCUCAGAGUAUAUUUCGUCAGGAACUUUCACGCGUUCUGAUGGGGUCGGUAGUCGCUAACGACACGGCUGCCAUUAUAGCUGCAGGAGGAUCCGAUGGCGACGAUGUCGUACCUGAGGCUUUAAGGGGUGUCGUUCGUGAGGCGUACAGUGUUGCAGUUUCCAAAACAUUUCUUUUAGCAGUCGUAACUGGCGGUCUGGCAUUUCUGUGCACACUUGGAGUUCAGUGGAAGAAUAUCAAAAAGCCGAAAAAGGAUGAUGCGGAGAAAGUAUUGGGUGAGAAAGGUGGUGGCGCCGGUAAUGUGCAGGAAACGAGCAAAUAA